CAUAUUUGGUAUCAAUACGUUAUUAUGUUUUAUUUCAACAAACCCACGUUUUUUCCUUUUUUUCCCCCAGAGUGACCGACUACUCAUUAAAGGUGGAAGAAUUAUCAAUGAUGACCACUCCUUCUAUGCAGACAUAUACCUUGAAGAUGGACUUAUAAAGCAAAUAGGAGAGAAUCUGAUUGUUCCUGGAGGAGUCAAGACCAUAGAAGCUAAUGGGCGCAUGGUUAUUCCUGGGGGAAUAGAUGUCAACACAUACCUACAAAAGCCCUACCAAGGAAUGACUGCUGUCGAUGACUUCUAUCAAGGCACAAAAGCAGCGCUGGCAGGGGGCACCACCAUGAUCAUUGACCACGUGUUUCCAGAACCUGGGUCGAGUUUACUGACCUCCUUUGAGAAGUGGCAUGAGGCAGCUGACACCAAAUCCUGUUGUGAUUACUCUCUCCAUGUGGACAUCACCAGCUGGUACGAUGGGAUUCGAGAAGAGCUGGAAAUACUGGUGCAAGACAAAGGUGUGAACUCUUUUCAAGUCUACAUGGCCUACAAAGAUCUCUACCAAAUGUCCGACAGCCAGCUUUAUGAAGCCUUUACCUUCCUAAAAAGCCUUGGGGCUGUUAUCCUGGUCCAUGCUGAAAAUGGAGACUUGAUAGCUCAGGAACAAAAGCGUAUCCUGGAGAUGGGGAUCACCGGACCUGAGGGACAUGCUCUGAGCAGGCCUGAGGAGCUUGAAGCAGAAGCAGUUUUCCGUGCCAUCACCAUUGCCAGUCGAAUAAACUGCCCAGUGUACAUCACCAAAGUGAUGAGCAAGAGCGCAGCUGAUAUCAUUGCACUGGCCAGAAAGAAAGGUCCCCUUGUUUUUGGAGAGCCGAUCACUGCCAGCUUGGGGACGGAUGGGACACAUUACUGGAGCAAAAACUGGGCCAAGGCUGCAGCUUUUGUGACCUCGCCACCUCUGAGCCCUGAUCCUACCACUCCGGAUCACUUAAAUUCUCUUUUAGCAUGUGGGGACCUGCAGGUGACGGGAAGUGGACAUUGCCCGUACAGCACUGCCCAGAAAGCCAUUGGAAAGGACAACUUCACUAUGAUUCCUGAAGGGGUCAAUGGAAUUGAGGAGAGAAUGACUGUUGUCUGUCUCAAGGCGGUAGCCACAGGCAAGAUGGAUGAGAGCCAGUUUGUAGCUGUCACAAGCACCAAUGCUGCCAAAAUCUUUAAUCUGUAUCCAAGGAAAGGCCGGAUUGCUGUAGGAUCUGAUGCUGAUGUUGUUAUUUGGGACCCUGAUAAGGUGAAGACUAUAACGGCUAAAAACCAUAGAUCGGCCAUCGAGUACAACAUCUUUGAAGGAAUGGAGUGCCAUGGUGCCCCACUCGUGGUCAUAAGCCAAGGGAAGAUUGUGUUUGAAGAUGGAAAUCUGCACAUAAAUAAGGGAAUGGGCCGCUUCAUCCCUCGCAAACCUUUCCCUGAAUAUCUUUACCAGCGCAUCAAAAUCAGGAAUAAGGUGGGAGGACUGCAAGGAGUCUCCAGAGGAAUGUAUGAUGGGCCUGUGUACGAAAUCCCAGCUACGCCAAAAUAUGCAACUCCUGCACCCUCAACUAAAUCUUCCCCUGCCAAAAAUCAGCCUCCACCAAUCAGAAACCUCCAUCAGUCUAAUUUUAGCUUAUCGGGAGCUCAGAUAGAUGACAACAACCCACGCCGUACCGGCCACCGCAUUGUGGCACCUCCUGGGGGUCGUUCUAAUAUUACCAGUCUUGGCUGAAAAAUGAUGAUGGACAGAAACACAAGGAUGAAGGAUCAUGGGAAUAAUGUCUGUUCCCUUCAAUAUCUGUGUUAUUGAACCCACAGUUUUAUUUGGUACUAAUGGAAAUAAAAAAUGAAAUGUCUUUUUUUUUUUUUGUAUAGGAAGAGGUGAUAAUAAUGUGGUGUGUUUGCUUGGAACUACUUGCCUCACAAUUGUGCUUUCAUGCCAUAGUCACCUUAAAGCAUGGUGCUUCCAUUGCCCCUUUAGUGACUACAGGUUUUAGCUUUGUCUCGUAACUGAAUGAUGGUUCCUUUGCACCCUUUCGCUGUAUUAGACUAGUUAAUGCAUGUUACUGAGUUAUUUAUGCAAGUUGCAUUCUGUGAGUGAGUCCCUUUAGAACACGUUGCCAACAAUUGACUAGACACAAGAUUAAUGCCAAGAUUAAUGUCCGUAUUUGAGAAACACCACCAAAAACACUUAUGAAGGAAGAAAAUGGCCAUCUUGAAAGUAUGCAGUAGAGUAGUAUAGGCAGCUUCUGUUCAUCUUUAAUUUAUUAUAAGCCCAAGAAGCACUUCUCUCAGACACAGAAAAUUGUCGGGACACGUAAUGACAAAUGGUCUCUGUAGCACCUGUCUGUUCCCACUCAGUACGUUCCAAGUCUGUGUCCUUCUUGUUUCCAUUUUAGAUAGAGCCAUAAUUUAUACAUACCAACGCCAUUGCCGCCCCUGCAGGGAUUUCUCCACCUGGGCAGUAGUGCUCUCCUUCUGCAUGAGAUUUUUGGUACUUACAGAUAAUCCAAGUUGCUGUCGGAUUUUUAAAGUUUUUUGUACAAAGUUUUUCCUUUGUAAUCACAUGCAUUUUUACUUACUCUACCGUAUCAAGAUCUACUAGUUGUGGUUCAAUUUCUGAAUUCAAAGCUUGUGAAAUAAAGGAAAUUAAUGGAU